GGAAAAAUUGUUACUAUGGGAUGGAGUUAUAGUGAAGAACUUAUUUGUAUACUUGAUGCUGGUAUCGCUUUAGUUUUUGAUUUAUUUGGUACACAAAUUGACUCUAUCCAUCUUGGACAGGAAGCGAAAGAAAUGAAAAUUGUGGAUGCUAAACUAUUUCUGCAUGAUAACGUAGCCGGCAUAGUCGUACUAACGACAAACUAUAGAUUUUAUACUAUAAGCAAUAUUCAAAACAAAGCUUGUAGACGGUGUCAAGAUCCUCCUGGAUUGGACUUUACACCUAGUAGUUGGGUCGUCUUAUGUAUAGAUCGCUCAACAAAAAUUGUUAUUGCCAUUAAUACCGAUCUAUAUUUAAGCGGUGUAGCAGAUAUUGUUAAACUGCAACUGCAAGGUAUUACCGGACAAAUCAAUUAUAAUUCUAUUACAUUGAUGGCCACUUCGACAUCAUAUAAGUAUAUCUCUUUAAUUACCGAUACUGGCCACUUAUGGAUCGGAUCUACUGAUUUUAGAAAUUGUUAUGGUAUAUUCGAUACUAAUACUCAAACGGUGCCGCUAGAUAUGAUAUGGUGUGGUGCCGGCGCUGUUGUCUUAAAUUGGGGGGAUGAACUGCAGAUUGUUGGGCCUCAUCCCUUAACUGUUCAAACUUUACCAUUAAUUGGCUCAGCCUGUUUAACGGCUGAUAUCGAUGGUGUUAGAAUUGUGACGACGGAUACGCAUGAACUUUUACAUGAAGUGCCAUUGGAAACCGAAGAAGUAUUCAAAGUUGGUUCUGCAGCGUCAGGCGCAAUGUUGCUAGAUGCCAUGAAGGAAUAUGAGAAAGGAAGUUCCAAAGCUGAUGAAUAUGUUAGAAUUAUAAAGACUAACGGUACACUCGGUGAUGCAAUAGAACAGUGUAUCAAGGUUGCUGGAUUGGAAUAUGAUCCGCUGACUCAAAGAAUGCUUCUAAAGGCCGCGUCAUUUGGGAAAAGUUUUAUGGAUCAAUACUCUCCUCAAAGUUUUGUUAAUAUGUCCCAAAUAUUGCGGAUCCUAAAUAAUAUAAGACACUACAAAAUUGGAAUACCAAUUACUCUCAAACAAUUUGAGUAUUUAACUCUUCCUGUCUUGAUUGACAGGCUGAUACUACGAGAGCAUUAUGCAUUAGCAUUGCAUAUCUGUGAUUACCUUCGUAUACCAGGAGAUGAAGGGAAAUGUCGGAUAUUGUCGCAUUGGGCAUGCAAAAAAGUAAAGCAAAAGAACACUGACGAUAAAGAUAUCGCUAAAGCUAUCGCAAAUAAAUUGAACGACGUCACUGGAAUUUCGUAUGCAACUAUUGCUGCUGAAGCGAAAUCAGUAGGGAGAUAUGAAUUAGCUAUUAAGCUAUUAGAUUUCGAACCCAGAGCUAACGAACAGGUUCCGUUAUUAAUGAAAAUGAAGAAAGAAGAUAUAGCCUUAAAUAAAGCCAUUGAAAGUGGUGACUCAGACCUCAUCUAUAUGGCUAUUUUUCAUCUGAAGGGUACUCUACAACUAGGGGAAUUUUUUAGAACAAUCCAUAAAAUGCCUGUAGCGCUAAAAUUGUUCGAAAAGUACUGCCGAGAGAUAAAUGAUCACAGGUUAUUAAUGGACGUUGCCAAACAAUUUGAUGACUUUCAGAAAGCAGGAAUCUAUGUUGCCCAAAGUAGUUAUAAGACAAAUAAUGCUGAAGAUAGAAUUGAUAAAUUAAAUGAAGCAGCACGUGCGUUUAGCGCAGCGGAUAGGCCAAUAUGUAAGAGAUCUACCGAAGAUCAAAUUAACUUGUUGCGACUUCAGUCGGUAAUGGAAACUGAUCUUGGUCAACCGUUUGUCGAAAUGUCUCUGAAUGAAACUGCAUAUCAGCUUAUCUUUUUGGGUCGACUAAAGUUGGCAGAUAAAUUAAAGAAAGAUUUUAAAAUUCCCGAUCGGAGAUAUUGGUGGAUUAAAAUUCGAGCCCUUGCGCAAUCACGAAGCUGGGACGAGCUUGAAAGAUUUUCUAAAAGUAAAAAGUCUCCUAUUGGUUAUGAGCCGUUCGUUGAUGCCUGCAUAAAUAGCCAUAAAAAUGCAACGGAAGCAUGCAAAUAUAUAGAACGUGUUCCACUCAGUAAACAAGCGAAAUGUUACAUCAAGAUCGGGUUAGUUUACGAAAGAAUCUCAGUUUACAUCCACUCUCAAUAA